CGAAAGACAAAAAAAACACAUCACCCCGCUCCAAUUGCAUUAUUUUUCGCGAUGGGUAGAGGUCGCCGUAUGAAGAAGCAGGGUCCUCCUGCACCGCUGGAUGAGUCCAAAAUCACAAUUUACAAGAAACGCAAGACCGGCGAUGCUGAACCCAAGGUCGAGUCGGGCAAGAAGCGAAGACGUACCGAAGUUGAGGAGGAAGAGGUUGUGAAGGAGGCCCAGAAGAAGAAGAAGGCCAAUGGCGUGAUAGCUAACGGUAAAGAGAAGAAGGGCGCCGCUGUGGCUGAAGUGAAGGGAAAGAAGAAGGCAGCGGAGAAGAAACCGACAUUUAUGGAGUCCGACGACGAGGACGAGGACGAGGAUAUGUCGGGCCUUGAUGAGGAGGAACUCGAUCAGGAUGAAUUCGAUGACUUGGAUGGCGUUAGCGAUGGGUCAAUGGGUAGUCAGAUUGGGGAUGAAUUUGAUCUGGAGGAAGAUGAGGACGACGACUCUGUUGUGGAUUCAGACGACGAUGAUCAUCCCCGACAAACGAUGUUCUCCGACGACGAGGAUCUUUCAGAUGCAGAAGAAAAGCUCACUGCGGCCAAUAUCGAGGGCUUGUCCCGGAAACUGGAUGCUACUAGACAGGCCGAAGAAGAGGAGGCGGAACGCGAGUUGCAGGAAUCAGCUCUGCAAACCAAUAUCGCUGGCGACCGUCCGGAUGUGUUUGCAGGCACCGAGGGCGAGGCACAAGAGGGUCUGGCGCCUGAUCUCCAGCUGCUCCGAACGAGAAUCACAGAUACGAUCCGCAUUCUGGGCGAUAUGAAGACGCUCGGCCAGUCAAACAAGUCGCGCGCCGAUUACACCCAGCUCCUCCUCAACGAUAUUUGCACCUACUACGGCUACACCCCGUUCCUCGCCGAGAAGCUGUUCAACCUGUUCACACCUAUGGAAGCGUUCGCCUUUUUUGAAGCUAACGAAACCCCCCGCCCCGUCGUCAUCCGUACCAACACACUCCGCACAAACCGAAGAUCUCUCGCGCAAGCCCUGAUCAACCGUGGUGUGGUGCUCGAGCCCGUUGGCAAAUGGUCCAAGGUUGGGCUCCAAGUCUUUGAAUCCACCGUCCCUCUCGGUGCUACUCCUGAAUACCUCGCUGGUCAUUACAUCCUGCAGGCCGCAUCCUCUUUCCUCCCCGUGAUGGCCCUUGCGCCGCAGGAGAACGAGCGCGUUCUCGAUAUGGCCUCCGCCCCCGGUGGUAAAACCACCUAUAUCUCUGCGCUCAUGCGCAAUACCGGCUGUGUGAUCGCCAACGAUGCCAGCAAGCCCCGUGCCAAGGGUCUCAUCGGUAACAUCCACCGUCUCGGCUGUAAGAACACCAUCGUCACCCACCUGGACGCGCGCACCGCCUUCCCCAAGGCCAUGGGUGGUUUCGACCGUGUCCUCCUUGAUGCUCCCUGUACCGGAACCGGCGUUAUCUCCAAGGACCCGGGCGUCAAAACCUCUAAGAACGAGCGCGACUUCCUCGCCAUCCCGCAUAUGCAGCGCCAGCUUCUCCUCGCCGCCAUCGACUCCGUCGACCACUCCUCCAAGACAGGCGGCUACAUCGUCUACUCUACCUGUUCCGUGACCGUCGAAGAGAACGAGGCUGUUGUCCAAUACGUGCUGCGCAAACGGCCCAACGUAAAAAUCGUCGACACGGGGCUUGGCGAUUUUGGUUCGCCCGGUUUCACCAACUACAUGGGCAAGCACUUCGACGCCAAGAUGACCAUGACAAGACGCUACUUCCCGCACCGCGAAAACGUCGACGGUUUCUUCGUCUGCAAACUCAAGAAGACCGGCCCCACGCCUGCCCAGAAGGCUGCCGACGGAGCUGUGGGCGAUUCCACCGCUACCGCAGGCAGCAAGACCUCCUCUCGGGCUUCCUCUGUCGCAACAACAACAGACGACGACGACGAUGAAGUCAUCGACAAAACACCCAUAACCGAUGAGGACGGCACCGUCGCUGGACUCGGAGGUAGCGCGUUCGGACCCUUCGACGAGAACGAAGAGGAAGACGCCGAGCGUAUCUUGCGCGCAGAACGGAACCGUCUCCGUCGCAAGGGCAUCAAUCCCAAAUCAGUCCUGAAUAAGCCCAAGAAGCCAAAGACUGCACCUAAGACUGAGUCGACCCCAACCACUACCGACGACGAGACCCCAGCAGCCAAGGAAACGCCAGAACAGCCAAAGGAGAAGAAGGACGAGUCGAAGAAGUCCUCCAAGUCUAAGCCUACCAAGGUUUCUAAGUCUGCGAAGACAGAAGAAUCUUCUGCUCCUGCUCCUGCUUCUGUUUCUGUUUCUGUUUCUGUUUCCCCCGCAUCGAAGAACUCCGAUAAGAAAAAGACCAAGAAGCAAACGAGCAGCAGUCCUGGCGCUGGCAAGGGAAAGAAGGGAUCUAAAUAAUGCCAGUCAGUCGAUUCCACUUAAAGAAUAUAAUUCUCUGAUACAUCUGUUAUGGCGAAUACAAAAAGCUUUCUCUUUUUUUAUGUUUUAUUUCUUUUUCUUUCCUUGUCAUGUUUGAGUAGGUGCAUGUGCGGUUACACUCUUGAAUGAAUAGUAUGGUAGUACGGUACAUAGUGCAUAUUUCUGUCAAUAGAUAUACCAUUACGG